GGAACGUCGUUAAAACUCUGGCUUUAUUGCUUUAUGCAACGACGUUGAUUGCAGGAAAAUAAAUGCUUGCCCUUAAACGUUUACAUUUUUAUCUCACCCAACAAACAAAACUGAACUUGUGAACUUUGGAAAUGCGGCGAUAACACUAAUCGAAGUUUUCCCGAAACCGAUCAUUGUUCUAGUGACAAUGAACAUUUACACUUGUCUUGUUCUAGUCGUAAUUGCUGCAAGCGCUCAGCACCUAACCGAAGAGCAGAAAAAUAACUGGAGAAAAUGGAGCAACGAGUGUAAAGUUUUGAUCGGAGUCUCGCAAGAAGCCAUCAAUAAAAUCAGGAAUAACGAAUUUGAUUCGGUUGACGACAAAAUCAAAAAGCACGGUCUUUGUUUCGCCAAAAAGGCCAGUCUGGCGGACAGCUCCGGCAAUAUCAUAAUCAACCAAAUUAAAAUUAAACUGAAAAGAGUUAUCGAAGAUGACGAAGAAGUCGACAGAAUUGUGACCAAGUGCACUGUUCGAAAAAAUACCCCCGAGGAAACCACUUUUGAAACUUUUCGCUGUUUGAGGGAAAAUUCUCCGAAAUUUGUUCCUGUUUAAAAUUUGUGGAUAGGAUAUUGAUCAAAUGUUUGUAGUUAAUGUUGCCUUUCAAGGCUUAUUGCACUAAGCCAUUGUCUAUAAUUAUUAAGCCGGUGUGCAUGUACUGAUAACGUUGGAACUAAACAGUCAUGUUUAAUAAAACGUGGCUAUGUAAAUUUAUCCUAAUGUUAGGCGUUGUAAAAUUAGACAAUUAGUGCUUAAUCAGUGAGUUUAUAAAUUGUUUGCUGUUUACAAAUUAAAUGGAAAUCAGAUCGCUAACGUAAAUAAGACAGUUUUGUUUUUUACACCAGAUUUUUAAUUCAGAGGAUUUUCAUGACAUCUGAUUUGGUUUAUACAGGGUGUCUCAGUUAAGACUUUCUAGCUUAAUAUCUCAGUUAUUUGUCAAAGGAUUGUUAUGAAAUUUAGAAUGCACAUAUUUUAGGAGGUGGUCUUUCAAUUAGGACAUCAAGUUAAAAAAUGUAAUUUUAAAACACAUUUCUUAUUUAAAAUUAGACCAAACUACAUUAAACCUCAAAAAAUUUUUGUGGCCACACAAAAAAUUAACCAAAUCGCUAGUCUGAUACAAGUAAAAAAAAAGAAUUUGUUGUUAAACACUUGAUUCAAAUUUUGAAAGUAUUUGAGCAGUCACCUUUUGAAACAAUUGAUGAAGCAUUGCUAUACUGCAUUUUGUGUACCUACCACUAAAAAAAAACUGUCAAAAUUGUGCGCUCUGUGAGAAAAGUAAAAUUGUUUUAUUUUGGUGAAAUUACUUUAAAGACAAACAACAAUGGCAUAAACAGACGUCUUCCAAGGUUGAGUUUUUUCCUACAGCAUUAUUUAUUGACGAAGAAUUUUAUAAUAUAAGUUCUAAAUAAUUUAACAUUGUAAUAAGGCGUGUAAAAAUUACGUUUUUACUACUUGUUGCAUUAAAGGGAGUUGUAGCAUUAAAGGGAUUCUAAUCUUUGUCUCCUAAAAUAUCUGCAUUUUAUAUUUCAUAAAAAUUCGUUAACAAAUCUUUGAGAUAUCAGGCGUGAAAAUCUUAGAUGAGACACCCUGUAUACUUAAUGUCAUAAAAAUUGCAACACCAAGAAGGAAUAAGAAUUUUUUGACAAAACUUGGCGCAAAUGGUCGACUAUUAGCGAGUAAUAAAUGGUUAAAAUUUGCAAGAUUUUAAUGAAGUGGUAAGGGAAUUUUUAACAUUUAAGUUCUCUUACAAGCAAGUGUUAUUUUUUAAAUUUUUUGCUUUUCUGACUAUUUUUAUGUGUUUUUUCUUAAUUCUGUUUAGGUUUAAGUGUUCUAAAAGAGCAGUUAGGUCUGGAGACGACAAAACCAAAAUUACUAACAAUUAAGCAGUUUAAAAGAGGCAUGAUUUUUGGACUAUGAAUAGAAGUUUUUCAUUUAGAGAAAUUGUUAGUCGAUUUAAUAAACUCCAAAAUGGUCGUCUUUUGAUUAUGGUAAUAAUUUAAGUACAUGACAAAUUUCUGAUCAUUGGGUGGGUUCAAAAGUCGUUUUUUAUCACUUCGAACUGUUUACCAUCGAAAUUAGUCAUUUGGACUGUUUCCAGUUGGAUUUACAUUGUACUGGAGAAAUGGCCAAAAUCUCAUCUUCAAGCCAGGUACACCAAACUUUUAUUUCGAUACACAACGUGUUUCAACCAUAAUGUAUUCAUUAUAUACAGCGUAUAUUUUCACCUGAGGAUAACUAAUUUAUGGUAGAAACACGUUGUCUUUCCAAAUAAAAGUUUUUGUGUGCCAGGUUUAGGCUGUGAUUUUUGCUCUACCCUCCCAUACCUAGAAAAUCUAACAAGAAGCAGUCCAAAUGACUUAAUUUUAUGGUAAACAAUCAGAAGUGAAGUACAACGAUCUUCGAAUUCAACAAUUGCUCAGAAUUUUUUUGUUCUUAAAUUAUUGCCAUAAUCCGAAGAUUACCAUUUUGGACUUUAUUUGUUUUUUUUUAAAUCAGCUUUCUCUUUCGCGUAGUGCUGAGCCUUUCAUAAUCAAUGAAUAACAUCGCUUAAUGGUAUUCUAUUAUUCAAACAAAUAGCAAUUUCUCUAAAUGAAAAAACCUCUAUUCAAAGCCCAAAAAUUGUGCUUUUUUAAAAUUUGUUAAUUGUUGGUAAUUUUUUUGACAAACUACAAACAUAUUUUCCUUUUUAUAACACUUAAAACUAAACAAAUUAAAAAAACACUGCAAAAAUUGCCAGAAAAGCAAAAAAUUGGAAGAACAACACUUGCAGGUAAAAGAGUUUAAGUGUUAAAAACUCCCUACCAUUUUAUUAAAAUGGUUCAAAUUUUAAUCAUUUGUUGCCUGUUAAUAGCGCUAAGUUUCGUCAAAAAAUUCCUAUUCCUUCUUGGUGUUGCAAUUUUCAUGACACUGAGUAUAAUAAAAUUUAAUUAGGACUACUUUAAGUUGAAACGGUUCAAACAUUGAGUUUUGCAAAAAUGACAAAAAAUCCACUUUGUUUCUCUUUCAACUUUCAUUAAGUUUCCUUCACCUUCAUCCAUAUUGAACAGAUUAGAGCCAAUCAUUGUUAGAAUCUCAUUUCCAACCUCUCACCAACAAUCGACUACAACUUUCAUUUCGGCUGAAACACAUCCAUCCGAAUGAAAUUUUACGUCGAGUACUAAUGUAAACUAAGCUGUCCGGCUUUUACGUUCCCAUCACUCCAUAUUUCUGUAAUGCUAGCAAUUGUAAUAAAAAUCUUUACGACCGCAGCAAUUUGUUUCCUGUUUGCA